AUGUCCAUUCAGUCGAUCCAUGCUCGCCAAAUCUUCGACAGCCGAGGCAACCCGACUGUAGAAGUCGACUUAAAGACUGCGAAGGGUAUGUUCCGCGCUGCCGUUCCCAGCGGUGCCUCUACUGGUGUUCAUGAGGCCGUGGAAUUGCGUGAUGGCAUUAAAGACCAAUACAUGGGCAAGGGAGUCUUGAAGGCAGUAGACAAUGUCAAUAAAGUUAUUGCUCCCGCCCUAAUUAAGGAGAACAUUCCAGUAACGGAGCAAAAAAAGAUCGACGAAUUCAUGAUCAAACUGGAUGGGACGGAAAACAAGGGCAAGCUUGGCGCGAACGCUAUUCUCGGCGUGUCCCUCGCCGUCUGCAAGGCCGGUGCCGCUGAGAAGGCAAGUUUAAGUCUGUCCCGAAAUUUCAAUUUUUCUACUGCGUCCGAACCUCUUUUUAUCUUGCUAUCUUCGAUACUCGUAGGGCGUCCCCCUCUACCGUCCUUCACUGAGGCCAUGAAAAUGGGCUCCGAAGUCUACCACAACUUGAAGAGCGUCAUUAAGGCCAAGUAUGGACUGGAUGCAUGCAACGUUGGCGACGAGGGUGGCUUUGCUCCCAACAUUCAAGAUAAUAUGGAAGGACUAGAACUGUUGAAGACAGCAAUCGAUAAGGCUGGCUAUACCGGAAAAGUAAAGAUCGGAAUGGAUGUCGCCGCAUCCGAAUUCUACCAGAACGGGAAAUACAACCUUGAUUUUAAGAAUCCUAAGGCUGACCCGUCUUCGUUCAUUACCGCUGACCAGCUGUCCAACAUUUACACGGAAAUGAAGUCGAAAUACCCCAUUGUUAGUAUCGAAGAUCCCUUUGACCAGGAUGACUGGUCUGCUUGGACUGCCUUUACGGCUAAAGCCGGAAUCCAGAUUGUUGGUGAUGAUCUCACCGUUACCAACCCGAAACGCGUAAAGAAGGCCAUCGAUACCAAAGCCUGCAACGCCCUCCUUCUCAAGGUUAAUCAGAUCGGUUCCGUCACCGAGUCUAUCGAGGCCUGCAACAUGUCCAAGAAGGGUGGCUGGGGCGUAAUGGUCUCGCACCGUUCCGGUGAAACAGAGGACUCUACUAUCGCUGACAUUGUUGUUGGUCUGCGAACCGGUCAAAUCAAGACGGGUGCACCGUGCCGAUCAGAACGUUUGGCGAAGUACAAUCAGCUUCUGAGAAUUGAAGAGGAACUCGGUUCCAAGGCGAUCUACGCAGGAGAGAAGUUUAGGAAUCCCUGA